AUGUUCCUCCCUCACGAAAUCUUCCUCCUGAUAGUUGAGGCCAUCAUCGACGACGCAGAAGCAAAAGCAUUCGACCAGCCGAUGACCUGGUGGCUGCACGGGUUCGCCGGGGAAGUAUUCGACCAGUUCACCAUCUUUUCCGUAGACGACAUACAACCCAAACUCGGCGGAAUACCCAGACAUCCGAACAGAGCCUUGAAUGACACCCUUCGCAUCUCUGAAGUCAACAGCAGCGCGUUCAGAAUUGUUCGUCGGAGAUUCUCUCGCCUCCCGUACUGGUGCCCCUACGGACCUACGACCGAUCGUGUGCCCUAUGCGUGGGCGCAUCCCAAGAUCGACUUCUUCCAUCCUGUUAUAGAGUUUUCAACAACCACUUCCAAUCGCUUGAUUAUCCGGCUCGGCAACACCGUCCUAUAUAGGCUCAUUCACCAGUCGCCUCGGGGUAGGCAGAUCACGGCACACAUCCAGAACGUCGUGUUCGCACCUGUUCUGCGGAGUGUCGAGGACAUGAGAGCCAACUGUCGAGCCCUACUGACACUGGCGAAUCUCAGAGUCCUCCAUCUCGGGAUAAGAGUGGCCGUCGAACCGCUGCCCGAGAAGUUCUGCGGGCCCGGUGUCGUCGUACCUGUCGAUGCGCCCGAGGUCGGACAGAUACGAGACUACCUCACGCAUUAUGAGGCCCUUUGGACGCCUCUCUUGGAUAGGGGUGUUCGUGUUAUACUUGAUGGUCAGACGUUUGACUCGAACAAGACGCGGUACUUAUUGGAGUUGUGUCGCGAGGAGGACGGCUUGUACUUGCGGCAUGUUGAUCCUCGGAGUCAUUGGUUCAAGCUCAGGUCAGCUCUGGAAAUCCCUGCGUAG